GAUACUCUGUUGUUUACGAAUGAGUGUAGUGCAUCUUGGAUUAAAUUUUGUGGAGAAAAACCAAUAUUCCAUGACCACUAUGCCUAGAUCAAUUUUUACAAAAGGGUUAAAAGCUGUAAUAUUUUGAUGUUGGUAAUGCUAUCGUAAAAAACAAAACAACUAACCGUGUGAACCCCUUAACCCAGCGACACACAAUAAUAAACUAGUUCAUAUGCUCUUCUUUGUGAAUAUUAGAAUUGAGACAUCAACAUCAUGGAAAAUCUAUUAACAACACAAAAGUUUAAAUGCAGUGUCAGUUCUGUAUUGAAUAAAGAUACGAAACAACAUGGCAAACAAUUUCUGUACGAUGAACAAGAUGAUACAGCAUGGAGUUCGAAUGAAGGUUCACCACAAUACAUACACAUAGAAUUUGAAGAGUUGCAAACGAUGUCGGCGUUUUCAUUCCAAUUUCAAGGUGGAUUUGCCGCAAAAGAUGCUAAAAUAGAAAUUCAAAGCGGAGAUGCAGCGGAUACAAAAACUUCUUAUGAGCAGCCAUUUUACGCUGAAGACAUCAAUGCCGUUCAAACUUUCCAACUUAAAGAAACUCAAACAAACGUGAAGAGAAUAAAAUUUAUAUUUAGAUCAAGUACAGACUUUUUUGGUCGAAUUAUUGUAUAUAUUUUAAGAAUAUUUAAGUAGUUCAUUUUGUGUUAUGUAAAUAUGUAUAUUGUUUUAGAAAUUAAAUGUGAAUUUUUUAAUGGGA